AAAAUUCAGAGGGAGAAAGAGAGACACAACUCUCCCAAAUCAAUCGUCUCUCUUUCUCUAUCUCUGUUAAUGUGAUUCUUCGUGUUUCUCCCAUUUUUUUCCUUCUUUUCUUUUUUCCCUUUUACAUUUGUAUUUUUCAUUUUGUUUUUCUUUUUUCCUUUGAUUUUUAGUGUGUGUAUUUGUGUGUGAAUCCAUUCGUGACAGACAUAUAUAUUGAGAGCUAUGAAUGAGAAGGCGUUUGUUACCAAAGAGCUCAAUGCCAAACAUGCAAAGAUACUGUUGGGUCUCCUUAAGCUGCCCGAAAACAAGGAAUGUGCAGAUUGCCGGAGCAAGGCUCCACGAUGGGCAAGCAUCAACCUUGGAAUAUUUAUAUGCAUGCGAUGUUCUGGAAUACACCGCAGUCUUGGAGUACACAUCUCGAAGGUAAGGUCUACAACGUUGGACACAUGGCUUCCCGAGCAGGUUGCAUUCAUGCAGGUGAUGGGAAACCAGAAGUCGAACAGCUAUUGGGAAGCAGACUUACCAGCACAGUUCUACAGAAGUCCAAUUGAAACCUUCAUUUAUGCCAAGUACGUGGAUAGAAGAUGGGCUCCAACAACCCCACAGCCAAUCCCAGAGAUCUGUGCAGAAAGCACCUCCACUAGAAAGGAAAUUCCAAAGAAAGCAAGAAGAUACUCUUUGGAUGAAGAAUUUUUCGUCAAGGAAAUGCCCAAAAUUGCUCCUCCAAAAUCACAUUGUCGUGCGGAGUCUUUCAGUUUUAUGGACGCCAUUGAUUCAGCUCCGCCUCUUAUUAGUUUCGAAGGCUGUUCAUCUAGUAAGAAUGUUGAUACUGGUACGGAUCUGUUCAGCCUUCUCUACGUGUCAGAAGAAACACAAGAUCGUACAGUUGUGCCUCCAUCGCGAUGGGCUUCUUUUGAGUGAGCUGAUGCAUCAAUUGGAAUUCUGUUAGAUUCCGAUGAACCACUGCCAUAUACAUUGCAGUGAAUGAGGAAAAAUAUUCAAAGCACACACAAAUAUAUAAGGUACUUCUACAUAACUUAUGUCCCAUACAUAAUAUGAGAAAUGUUGGUUAGUCUCUCCUCUGUUACAUCAAGACCACCCAAUCUCUGUCCAAGUGAAACACCAUUAAUUGUUUAGUGCAAUAUGAAAUUUGGAAGAUCUCAUUACGAAAAUAUAUGUAUCUCUUUAAAUCUCAUCCUAAUACAAAGAAAAUUUCUCCAAACUAGUA